CAUGGCGCUCCCCUCAAACCGGCUCUGAUCAAAACCGUUCUGACGUGUGACGCACGAUUCUCCCAUCGCCCCCCGCAGACUCCUCCUGCAGCGCCCCUCGGCGGCGGAGACACAAACAUACAGCUAGCUGACCCACAUGUGGCUAGGAAGGUUUUAAACCCGUAGCUACUGAGCGCCGCACGGCUCCAUGCGUUCAAGCGGACCCUGGUGCAGUGUGGCGGACCGCAUGCUGCUGUAACGGCGCGGGAGUGAGCUGGCUGUAACAGGCGGAGCCCGAGGCUGAAGGUACCGAGAGCAAACUGAGCCUGGGAGCAGCACAUACACUGAGCCAAAGAUGCCUAUAGGGCCCAGAAAGGGUGUGCAGGGUGUAGAGGAUGGGUCCGAGGAUGAGGAGAACCAGCGCUGUCCUAUCUGUCUGAACGUCCCCAGGCCUGCAGAGCGUGCUGUGCCUGACAGCUGCAGCCACAUCUACUGUUUCAGCUGCAUCCUGCGCUGGUCUCAGAUGGUACAAGUCUGCCCAGUCGACCGGAGGCCUUUUAGUGCAGUCUGCAGACAAGACCCUGUGCUGGGAUUCAUCAAGAUUCCUGUGAAAAUAUCUAGCAUAUCAAACACUGAUAUAUGCAGCCGUGAAAAUGGUCAAACAGUGGGAGGAUUUUCAAAGGAGGAGACCAUAAAAAUGGGAGCGAAGGAGGGGAAAAGAGCCUACGCUAAGCCUAUGCUGAAACGUCAAAUACGUGAUACUGAUUCUUCAGCCCAGAAGAAGAAAAAGAUGAAAGGUGAGAGAUGCCACUCGCAGCUGCUUACUCAAAAUGUUCAGCCUGGGCUCUCAGCCCAGCAGGGGGCGACACUCAACAUGCUGACCCAAAUCAUCACAGAGUCUGUAGUGUCCGAGGAGGAGCCAGUAGACGAGGAAUGGAGACUGUGUCGGAGAAAUAUGACGGAGCAUCAAUGGCUGCAUGUUCCUGUACUCACUUCAUCUACACACCCGGCAAGCAUUCUUUCCAGACACUGCCCUCAUGCUCAUGCACUUCCUCAGCAACCCCACGUCAUACCAUCUACCUCUCCAUGUCCACUGAGAUCUGGUAUCUCGGUUCUUUAUGGAAAGGUUUGUGCAGUCACAUGUUCCAAAGGUGAGGGAAGAAAGGGUACGAGAGGAUCUGGAUCAAAAAGCUCUACCAAUCAAGAAAAGAACGUUGCGUCUCAGCGCUCUACCAGAAAGAGAAAAGGUGUGAAUGAGGAGCCGUUGUCCACUCAGUCUCAGCAGUCACAGUCAGACUCUGACUCCUCCUCUCCUACCGGCAGUGCAUCAAGUGACAUGCAUGCUUCCACAAGCAAAGAAAAGCAGGCUGGGAAACAGAAGCCUGGCAGGAAAAGGAAAGGAGGUGCAAAAAAGAAGGCUACUCGACAAGCAGUAGUUGAAAAUGAGGACGAGGACAAAGAGAAAGAAGAGGAAGCUGAACAGGGGAGUCAAGUGAAAAUGGCUGUUGAUGUGGAAGAGUCGCUUGAAAUGGGGACUGAUGAAGAGGCAAAAGCAAGUCCUCAUCAAGGAGAUGUAGGAGUAGAUAUGGAUGUAGGCUCAGAUUCAGUUGAUCAUAGUGGAGAUGAGUUGAAAAAGGACACUGAGGAUCAAGUGAAUCCAAUAGAGAGUGAACCUGACUCACCUCUCUUCAAACAAAGUGAUGAGGAAACAAAGACAGAGAAUGACGACAGUCAGGACGAUCAGAUAUCCUCUCAAGAGAAGCCGGAUUGUUCUGAAGAGGAGGCACCUGAGAUAGAACCUGCAGAGCCUGAGAGAGAACCAUCUGUUGAAAAGGAAGACCAUCUCUCUCCUGCCUGUGCAGAGCAGAUAAAUGUGGCAGAAUCUGGUGACUCCUCUGACAGUUUAACUGCCCAACCUGAGGAUGAUUUGACUACUGCAGCAGUGAGCUCUUCAGACAAUAUAACUGAUUGGAAACCAGAAUCUGAAGCUCCAGAAGAGCCAGAUGGAUGUGACAGUGUAACAGAUGAGGUCUGCAAACUUCCUCCAUCUGGCAGCUGCUCACCUGAACAUACAGCUGAUAACUGUUCUAUAAAAGAUCAAGAUCUUCAGGUGACUUCAGAGACAAAGCAAGAGGGUUCUCUGGACAUAAGUGGCCAUCAAGAUAACACUGAUUCCAUUCCUAUGGACUGUGACUCACCUGGCUCCGACAACACUUCCCUUCUUCCUGAGGUUUCUGAGAGUAAUAGUGUUGCUCCUGUGCCUCAGAUCUCUGCUGCUGAUCAAAACUCCAGUCAGGACAAAGAAGAGAAGAACCAGGCACAUGAGCCAAAGUCUGAGCCUUCAAAAGACCAGAGAGGCUCAGACAGGAGAGAUGGCCGGCAGCGCAAGUCUCGUUUCCACUCGCCCACAACUACUUGGUCCCCUAAGAGGGAGUCUAGAGGGGAAGGGUCGCGGAGAUCCCGGUCAAGGGAUCGUGAUCGCAGUCGUAAUGCAAGCUCACCGCCCAGGGGUCGAGGCCGUGACCACGAAAGUGACCGAGGUAGCUCUAGGCGGAAUCGCAGCAGAGACCGGCGAAGCCGGAGGCGAUCUCGUAGUCGUUCUAGAAGUCGCUCAAGAUCACGCUCAAGGUCGAGAAACAGGCCAAAUCGCCGAAGUCUAUCUCCAGAACGCAUUGAUCAAGGGGCACAGUCACCACGGAAAAGAGAUUCUUGGGGAGGCGAAGGCUGGCGGGGUGCGCGUACCUACCGCAACUCCAGCUGGAGGAACAAUGCAGAGAGACACAAUCAGUUUUCAGCAAGAGAGCCCAGCUCAGGCAACGGUAACUUCCAAGAGACCUCGCCAGACAGAGGUCAGUCUGAAAAUCCACACUGGGUGAAGGAAAGGUCGUGGGGGAAUGCUGACAGCAGGGAGCGCGAGCAGCGUUUGGAGGAGAAUUCUGAUGCUCCAGCAGACUCUUGGUCACGAGGAGGUUGGAACUUUGAACAUGGGCGUGGCGGUGGACGUGGUCGGGGUGGGCAACGUAACUCUUUCUCAGGGAUGACAAAUAAUGCAGGGAGUGACUCUUACAGUCGCUUUAAUGAGAACAGACCCGGAGGGAAAAGGAAAGAGCCGGAGAGCUCUGAUACACCUUUGGAUCGGUCAGGUUGGUCCUCUGCUUCCAGCUGGGCAGUGCGCCGAACUCUGCCUGCUGAUGUACAGAACUACUACUCGCGAAGAGAACGAGGGCCUGGGCCAGGUGGCAGCAUCUGGAAUAGACAAGAAGAGGACCAGCCAGCAGCUGGUUUCUCCAAACAAACAGAUCCUCCACAGAGUGAGCCAAGUACCCAUCUACCUAAUGAAGCAGUACCAGCCCCACCUGCUGUAAUGCCCCACCAACUCAAUGCAAUGGGAGUCUUGCGCUACCCAGUGGGGCCACUGGGGCCACGAGUCCCUACUGUCGGUCUUCAGCCCCCUCCAUUUGCCAUGCCCCCUCAGAUACCUGUACACCUGCAUCCGCCAGGACCUCCUCUACCCAUACCUUCCAUAGCUGUGCAGAGUCUGCCACCGCCCCCUCCACCACCUCCCCCCGUACAGCAGGGCAGCCUUACUGUUCUGCCAGCUGAAAGCCUCCCUCAGGUCAUUACAAGUUUCGCUGUGCCAGCAAAAGUCCCCUUGAAAGUGACAGCAAACAAGGCAGCACCACUGCAGGCUCAGCCUACCAGCACACCGAGUGUAGCCCAGCCAUCUUCCACUACUCAACCCCCGUCUCACAGCAAAGCCCAUGCAGACAGCUCCAAGAAAGAAAAGAAAUUACAGAUUCAGGAAAGAGCCAUCACUGAGGUGAAAGCAGCCAUCAAGCCAUACUAUCAGAAGAAGGAUAUCACCAAGGAAGAAUACAAAGAGAUUGUACGCAAAGCUGUAGAAAAAGUCUGCCACAGCAAGAGUGGAGAGGUUAAUGCCGAUAAAGUGGCCAACCUUGUCAAAGCAUACGUCGACAAAUACAAGCACGUUCGCAAGAACAAAACGGACAAAAACUGAGGGAGACUGCUCUGACGCCCGCACAAGUGCAAUUUCUCCAAAAAUGGCCUACACAGGCUGAUAUGACUGGAGCUUCUUUUCAUAUUUGCAGACAAUAAUGAAGAUUUUUCUAUAGAUUGCAUAUUUUGUUUAAUUUGGAUUUCAUAUAGUGCAACUGCCCUUUAAUUGCUUUUUUUUUUGAGGUGGGGGGUUGGGGGGGCUGCUGUAAACAUGAGCAAAUGUGUAUUGAGGGGUAGGAUGGGGGGGGUAACUCUUUACUUUAAGAUCUUUAGCUGUGUUUGAUUACAUUGCAGGCAUUUUUUUCAGUCUGUGGAGUAGCUGUAAGUGGUGAAUCACAUGAACAGAGUGGUACUUCUGGAUCUGUCUCUCGCGCUCUCUCUCUCUCUCUCUCUCUCUCUCUCUCUCUCUCGCGCUCUCUCUCUCUCUCUCUCUCUCUCUCUCUCUCUCUCUCUCUCUCUCGCUCUCUCGCUCUCUCGCUCUCUCUCUGUCUGUCCCAUGGACCUUAAUGAAGUAACAGCAUUAAAGUUCGUCUUCAUUUUGCUUUUUUUUUAAUGCUUCAGAAUCUUGAAGUCCUUAAUAAAUGUGCAUUGGCUCUGUUAUUCCUGUUGGAGAUUCAGAUUGAGAUUGACUGCGUGUGUCUGUGAAUCAUGAACAGUAGUUUUAGGGAGGACGUGGACAGCUUGUCAGUGAAAUAGUAACUGAGCUGUUGGUGUAAACGCAGCUUAACUCCCCAAGCUGCUGUACUGCACAACCAUUGUAUUUAUUUACCUCCCAGGUCACUAAAAUAAACAGGCUGUCAGUUACCCCUUCAUAUUUGUUUUGACCACCUUUUUUUUUCCCCCCCCUAUAGUUGUUUUAGUAUCCUGAGACAGUCAUUUUAAAGCAGUCAGUAUGUUCAGAGCUGGGUUCUGUGCAGGGUAUGAUGAUAAUGGUCAUCUUUGUCUGCCAGAAAUGUAAAAACUGUACAUUUAUGAAUACUUGUUAGUGUUUAUCAUGUACUGUUUAAUACUGUCCUAAUGACGGUGUAGAGAUUGAAGUAUAAAAUCUAUUUUGAACAAGUAGCUUGACAGAAAAUUAGAGCGACUGUUUCAUUAAUUUUUACUUUUUAAAAGCUCAAAGAUUGUGAUUGGGAGAGUGACAGAUUAGUUAGGAAUGAAUGCUAUAACUAUUAUUCUGAGUUUAGUAAUGACGUUUAAACGUGUGUGUGCAAUAAUUGAGUUCAUUGGUAAUUUCAUGUUCUUCCCUUUGCGUUUACACCUGACAAAGCAGUGUGUUAUGAUUCCAGCAUAAAACGAUUGAGGCUUUUCAUAAAGCAUGGCUUCCUUUUUCCUCUUAUUAAACAGUAAUGACUUUUGGA